AAUCAACUCAACAGCUCAUUCUGCUGACCGCACCAUGUGCGCAGAUGCAACAUUCACUUUCGUAAAGAGUAUGUUUUAAACGGAUUUACGGUCAACCUAGGGAUAUAAUUUACAAGUUUAAACGAACGGUGGACAGAAAUAAUGGCUCCUCAACCCCUCAUCAAAUCAAGACAGACAGAAAAAACAAUAAAUGGAAUCCCAACACAAGUUGUUUGCACUGAAUUCAGCAAUUACAUUUUCAUAGUUCUGACACAGUAUGGGAAAAUUGGGACACUUGUGUCAAUAACAUCUGACUCAAGGUCUGGUGACAUCAGUGUACCCAUGUUCACCACCAGAGUACUCUUAGGAAAGGAUGAGCCUCUGACACACGUCUAUGCCAAGAAUGUUGCAUCUUUUGUUUCGCAAGAAUCAGGCAACCGACCGAUCCUGUUGGGGCUCUCACUUAAAGACAACAGUGCGGAAACAAUGAAAACUGUUAAAGAUAUGAUCAAAGGGUGUCAAGUUUGGUAAACAGAGGGUUUACAUACCAGGCACACUAUUUUUGGUUGAGAAUGAGUGACAUGUCUUGCACAAAUAAUUGUCUUGUUUCAGCAUAAACCUGAAUUCUCUUUCUUGAACUUAGGUGUACCCAAGAUACUCGUGCUUACUCUGCUCUAAAUCCUGUGGCGAUUUGGGGGGGGGGGGAGGGGUCUCAUUAAAUAAAAAAUUUCUCCCAAAAAACGUUUGCCACAAUUAUUAGCACCCCUAGAAAUUCAUAUUAGUAAAAUAUCUGAAGUAUAUUCUCAUACUUGUUUUAAAUUCUUUAGUACAUCUGGGUGACAAGGAACAUGAAAUUGUUCCGCCAUGACUUCCUCUUUCACAGGGAUAUAAAUAGGAGGUAACACACAGGCCAAAUUCCCUUAGGCCCUGUCCCAAUACCCCCACUUGCAGUUUUGGUCUUACGCAUUUAUGGUUUUGGCUACUAGUGUGCAAGUAGACGUGAAGACUGUGAAUGUGUGUGUAUGACUUUUGAUUGGACGUUGGGACACUCGUAGACUUAAAAGAUGUUGGUGCUGGUUGUGACAGCUGUUUUUGUAUUUUCACUCAGCUGAAGACUGAUUGUUUUUUGUAGUAGUGACUGUUAUAGCCUACUUAAAAUAAUAAAUAACUGAACAUAUCCAUCUUUUGAUUUAUUAGUACACUACUGGUUGUUGGAAGUGUAUUGUGCUGUAGAAAAUAUAU